CUCUGCUUAUAUAGCCCACGGCGGCUCAAACUGGCUCCGCGGACGACUGGAAGAGCAGCAGUGCAGCUUCUCCACAACCAGCAUCUGAUUCUCUCCUCAUCCAGGCCUUCAGCACCAUGGCACACCAGGCGUUCCAGACAGCGGGGAAGAAGCCCGGCCUGCAGAUAUGGCGGGUGGAGAAGAUGGAUCUGGCUCCGGUUCCAACACAGCUCUACGGAGACUUCUUCACCGGGGACGCCUACAUCAUCCUCCACACCACUGCGGCUCCUUCUUACAACGUGCACUCAUGGAUCGGUGAUGAAGCCACCAAAGACGAGGCUGGAGCUGCUGCUAUUCUGAUCACCCAGCUGGAUGAUCACCUUGGUGGCGGACCGGUCCAGUUCAACGAGUUCCAAAACGAAGAGUCACUCACCUUUCAGGGUUACUUCAAGUCUGGCAUCAAGUACAAGAAAGGAGGAGUAAACUCAGGCUUCAAGCAUGUCGUGACCAACGACACGACUGUGAAGCGCCUGCUGCACCUCAAAGGCCGGCGUACAGUCAGAGCCACCGAGGUGGCCUUGUCCUGGGACAGCUUCAACAAGGGAGACUGCUUCAUCAUCGACCUGGGAAAGGUUAUCUACCAGUGGUCUGGCAGUGAGAGCAAUCGCUAUGAGCGUCUCAAGGCCACUCAGAUGGCCAAAGACAUCCGGGACAAUGAGAGACAUGGCCGUGCUGAGGUGAACAUUAUUGAUGAGGGCAGUGAACCCGAGGCUGUCAUCAAGGAACUUGGUCCAAAGCCGAAUCUCCCUUCAGGAGACGGUGAUGUCGAUGAUGCGAAGCACAAGAAGAAUAAGGCAUCUCUGUAUCAGAUUUCUGAUGCUUCUGGAAGCAUGACAACAACUCUGGUGGCCAGUUCAAACCCAUUCAAACAAGACAUGCUCUCUCCCAGUGAAUGCUACAUCCUGGAUAAUGGAGACGAUGGGAACAUAUUUGUUUGGAAAGGACCAAAGGCAAACUCAACUGAGCGCAAAGAAGCGUGGACUAUUGCCCAAAAGUUCAUCAAAGAAAAGAAUUACUCUCCAAGAACAAAGGUUCAAGUCAUUCCUGCGGGGAGUGAGACCACUCUGUUCAAGCAGUUCUUUUUCAAAUGGCUGGAGGGAGCGGCCACGGGUCAGACCUACACUGUGGGUCGCAUCGCUAAAGUGGAGAAGAUUCCCUUCGAUGCCUCAAAACUCCAUGGCAACAACGCCAUGGCCGCCCAGCAUGGCAUGGUGGAUAACGGCUCUGGGAAAGUCCAGAUCUGGCGUGUGGAAGGAGGUGACAAGGCCCCUGUGGACCCGUCCAGCUAUGGGCAUUUCUAUGGAGGAGACUGUUAUCUGGUGCUGUAUUCCUACAGCGAUGGAGGGAGGCAGAAGCACAUCAUCUACACCUGGCAAGGCCAGAAGUGCAGUCAGGAUGAACUGGCUGCUUCAGCUUUCCUCACAGUCAAACUGGACGAUUCCAUGGGAGGAGUUGCCACUCAGGUCCGGGUCACUCAGAGCCGAGAGCCUCCUCACCUGGUGAGCCUGUUUAAGGACAAGCCUUUAAUCGUCCACCUGGGUGGGACGUCCCGCAAGGGUGGAGACAGCAAACCUGCCAGCACUCGCCUCUUCCAUAUCCGCCAGAGUUCCACCAAAGCAUUGAGGGCUGUUGAGGUGGAAGCCACGGCCUCCAGUCUGAACACUAACGACGUGUUUGUGCUCAAAUCGGCAAAUUCCCUGUUCGUGUGGAAGGGGAAGGGAGCAAGUCCGGAUGAGAUGACUGCAGCCAAGUACGUUGCCAGCCUGCUGGGUGGAACUGCCACAGAGGUGGAGGAAUCCAAGGAACCAGCUGGUUUCUGGACAGCGCUGGGAGGGAAGAAAGAAUACCAGACCUCCAAGACCCUCCAGAACAUAGUCAGACCACCAAGACUGUUUGCCUGUUCCAAUAAGACCGGUCGGCUCAUUGCAGAAGAGGUGCCAGGCGACUUCUCACAGAUUGAUUUGGCAACCGAUGACGUCAUGGUUCUGGACACAUGGGAUCAGGUCUUUGUUUGGAUUGGAAACGAAGCGAAUGACACAGAGAAGACUGGAGCUCCUAAAAUCGCCCAGGACUACGUGAAUUCAGACCCCUCUGGUCGCCGCGACGUCCCCAUCACCACCAUCAAGCAGGGGCAGGAGCCGCUUUCCUUCACCGGCUGGUUCCAUGGUUGGGACUCCAAGAUGUGGAACUAAGAUCUUUUGGAAUCCAUAGUUGCCUUCAGGAAAAAAAAAAAAAAAGAAAACAUUAGUGGGGAAAAAAAAUACUUUAAGGCUAUGCAACCCAGUGUUUGAAAUAUGUUCGACAAAACCUCCUGCCAUUUUCCUUUGCUGUUAUUCAUGUGUAUUCAUUUGCUUUCACCAGUAAACCAGUUUGCAACUCCUUAAGAAAAAAACGACAUGAGGCAGUCUUGUUUUCUGAGCUUCGUGGCCUCAAAAACUGAGAUUAAAAAAAGAAGAAAAAUAUAUCUACACUGCAAAAACACAAAAUUGUAUCAAGUAUUUAUUCUUUAUAGUGCAAGUAUGUUAGUGCACUUGAAAUACGACAAAACCAACUUGCAAGAAACUUCUCAGCAAGCUAUAACAGACUGUUUUAAGUUAACAAUUCCUUGAUAUUGAUGAAGUAAUUCCAUUCUCAGAUUAUUUCACUUGUAACAAGACAUGUUUUCCUUAAUACAAGUGAAACAAUCUGCCAAUGGAAGUCAUACUGUUUUGUUCAUAUGAAGGAGUUAUUUACUUAAAACUCCUGCUGGCAAGUUACUUGUAAGUUUUGUCUUAUUUCAAGUGCACUGAGAUUUUUGCACUAUAAAGAAGAUUAGAAAUACUUGGUAUAAUUUUGUGCUUUUGCAGUGUAGAGAUUUGAAUUUGACAUUACAUUUUGCAUAUUUGGGCCCAAAUUGUAAAGAUAAAUGUCUGACCUAAAAUUGAAUAAAAAAAUAAAACUCUUUUCUCACCCCUU